AUUGUAGUUUUCCUUCCGGGGAGAAUGUACAGGUGCGCUCGUUAUAUGACCUGAGAAUCACGCCUGUUAUGAAGAAACCAUGAAGAUGUCAAAAGUCUGCCUGCGUUUAUCACGGUUUUCUGUGGGUCACGCUGUUAUUACAAGCAAAACACAUGCGGAUUUAAGACCAUGCUCUACGAGGAUGCUGUCCUUAACUUCACAGCUUAAUGCAAAGUCCAGAAAACCUCCAGAUGAUAAAGAAGCAUCCAAGCCCAUCCAGUUCUCCACCAGCAAAGCCAGCCACCGAACCUGGAGAGUGGACCGCUCGAUGGGCAGCACACACCAGCGGCCCUGGUGGAAGGUUCUGCCCAUCAGCCUCGUUGGAGUGGGCUUCGUCGUCUGGUGCAUCUUCAGGAAAGAGACGGAGAUCGACGAGUCUCUGGAGAGAAACCUCUAUGAACAUUUACCAGGACUGCUGUCUGAUGAAGAACAGGAGGGAGUCGGUGUCAAAAACAAACCCUCAUAGUGGCAUAAAAGGGACAUUUUCGAAAUGUGGAAUGUUUAUUUAUUGUUCAAUGAUGAGUUUUUUUCUCCAAACUGAGAAUUAUCAAAUCGACCGUCCACAUUCUGUGCUCUUGAACGUGGCUUUAUUAAACCGGAUCACCUGUAGCUGGAUUUAUAUUGAAGAUUGUGAAGCCAGAAGCAUUGUACUGAAAGCAUAAAGGAGAAAAGUCUGAAUUGUAAUUGUGAUGUGACUGCUAGGUUACAUGAUGUAAUCAGGGAACCAUUACUGAACACACUGAAAGUCAACAUUGAAAAUACACUUUAGCUGCUAAAUGAAUCAUCUUCAGCAUCAUAUAAUCAAAGUGGGCAUGCAAAAAUGACUUGAUAUGGUUUACAGACCAUAGAAAGUGAAACCCAUUAAAAACAGGUUAAAGAUUUUUCACUGCUCAUAAUAAAACGUUUCAAGAAG